AUCAAUAUUCAAGGUUACGAAUCAUACAUAGAGAUCUAAAACCAAGUAAAAUUCUCUUGGAUAGUGAAAUGAAUUCAAAAAUAUCAAAUUUUGGCAUGGCUCAAAUAGUUGGAGGCAUUGAAACACAGGCAAACGCAAAUCGAAUUGUUGGAACUUAUGGAUACAUGUAUCCCGAAUAUGCUAUACAAGGUUUAUACUCGAUAAAGUCCGAUGUUUUUAGCUUUGGAGUAUUGCUACUGGAGAUUAUAAGUGGCAAAAAGAAUACUAGCUUCUAUAACCAUAGUUCACUUAGUCUUCUUAUAUAUGCUUGGGAGUUGUGGAGAGAUGAUCGAAGUUUGGAGUUGAUCGAUCGAAUAGUAGGGAAUCCUUCUUCCAGUUCUAUUAUGUUGAGAUUCAUUAACAUCAGCCUUCUUUGUGUCCAAGAAAGCCCGAUUGAUCGACCUACCAUGCUUGAUGUAGUCUUAAUGAUUAGCUAUGAGCAUGCACUUCUACCUAGCCCCAAGCAACCAGUGUUUACCUCAUUCCAGAAUAUGAUGGACACAAAUUCAACAGUUGACAAUGCAGACAAUUGCUCAAAGAAUAGCGUAACUAUUUCAACAACGGAAGCCCAAUGACUGAUUCCUAUACCAAAGAAAAUAAAUGUUGUAGAACCAAUAUUUUUGUAUAAUUUGUG